AUGGAAGAUGAAGAGAGAGGACUUUCAAAAGUUAAUAGAAUAGAGAAUAGAGAAAAUAGAUAAAGAGAAGGAGAGAAACAAAAAAUGAUUCCAUAUUUUCAAUUAUUUAGAUAUGCAAAAAAUAGAGAUAUUGUAUUGAUGGUCUUAGGAUCUGUUGCAGCAUUUUUGAAUGGAGGUGCUAUUCCUUCCUUUUCAUUGAUUUUUGGUUCAAUGGUUAAUUCAUUUCAGGAGGCAGGAGAUGAAAUGGUUAGAUAAGCUGGAUGGAAUGCAAUGUAUAAAAUAGAUAUAAUUUUAUAGAUGGUUUCUAUUGGUAGCUAUUGCAACUGGUACAUUAUCAUUUACUAUGUUUGCUACUUGGAUGAUAGCUGGAGAAAGAUAGGGAAUAGAAUUUCGAAAAAAUUAUUUCAAAGCAAUUCUACAUCAAGAGGUAGGAUGGUUUGAUACAAUAAAUCCAAAUGAAUUAAAUAGCAAAGUAGCCAAUGAAUCUUUUGCUGUGUAAGGUGCUAUAGGAGAAAAAGUUCCAACUUUCAUUAUGACAUUUUCUAUGACAUUUUUUGGUUUUCUAUAUGGAUACAUUUGGUAUUAAAAUAUAUAAAUAAUUUAGGGGUUGGUAACUUGCAAUUGUAAUAACAGCGACUCUUCCAGUUAUAUCUAUUAUAACAGCUGUGUUUUCAGUGAUAAUUUAAUAAUCUGCAUUGGCUACAUAAUCAGCUUAUUCAGAAGCAGGAGCUAUUGCAGAAUAAGCAAUAAAUGGAAUAAAAACAAUUAAAAUGUUAGAUGGGGAAGAUUAUGAACAUCAAAAAUACUAUUAAUUAUUGUAGAGUGCUGCAAAUAAGACAACAAAAUAUGAUUUUGGAGUAGGUAUAGCAAUUGGAUUAAUAUGGGCAGCAAGUUUAUGGUCUUAUGCAUUGGGUUUUUGGUAUGGUGCUAAAUUGAUUGCAGAUUAAGUAUAUAGAAAUUAAUAAAAUAGACUUACAAUCCAAAUUAAGAUUCUGUUUAUACAGUAGGAGAUGUGAUGACAAUAUAUUUUAGUGUUGUUACUGGUGGAUUUUCAUUAGGUUAAGCAGGUCCAUGCAUAUAAAACUUUGCAAAAGGUUAAGCAGCAGCUGCUACAAUGUAUGAAGUUUUAGAUCGUAAACCUAAAAUAUAUAAUUCUCCAAAUCCUAAAAAAUUAUUGGAUUUUAAUGGUGAAAUCUAAUUAAAAGAUAUAAAAUUUAAUUAUCCAAAUAGACCAGAUCAAUUAGUUUUAAAUGGAUUAAGUUUGAAAAUCCCACCAGGUAAAAAGGUUGCAUUAGUAGGUGAAAGUGGAUGUGGUAAAUCUACAGUUAUGCAAUUAAUUGAAAGAUUUUAUGAUUGUGAUUAGGGAGAAGUAUUGUUUGGUGGAAUAAAUGUUAAAGAUUUAAAUAUUGUAGAUUUAAGAAGUAGAAUUGGUUUAGUUGGUUAAGAACCUGUUCUUUUUGCUACAAGUAUUAAAGAAAAUCUUUUGUAUGGUAAGACAGAUGCAACAGAGAAUGAAAUGAUUGAUGCCUUGAAAAAAGCAAAUGCUUGGGAUUUUGUUUAGAAAAUGGAUAAAGGAUUAGAAACUUAUGUUGGUAUAGGAGGAGGUUAAUUGAGUGGAGGAUAAAAAUAAAGAAUUGCUAUAGCCAGAGCUAUUUUAAAGAAACCAUAAGUUUUAUUAUUGGAUGAAGCCACUAGUGCCUUAGAUAGAACUAAUGAAAGAUUAAUUUAAGAGACUUUAGAUGAAGUAUCUCAAGGAAUUACAACUAUUGUUAUUGCUCAUAGAUUGAGUACCAUAUAAAAUGCAGAUUUAAUUUAUGUUAUUGAUAAAGGAAUAGUAAUUGAAAUGGGAAAUCAUUAAGAACUAAUGAAUUUACAUGGAAAAUAUGAAAUUUUAGCUAAAAAUCAAGUACAGAAUCAAGAAGAAGAGUAGUUAAGUCAAUCAUAAAUACAUACUAGAAGCAAAAAAAUAAUAUUAGAUAGUUUAACUAAACCUAAUGAUACAACAAACACUCAAAAGAUUAUUUAAAUGAAUGUUGCAGAUAAGAAAAAUAUUGCAGAAGAAGCAGUUGAUCAAUUUAAAUAAUUAAAAGAAUUAGAUUUAAUUGUAAAAGGAUAGACAGAAAAUACUCAAUAUGAUAAAGUUGCAGAUAAGGAAUAAAUAGAAGUUAAAAAAAAGGAACCAGAUGCAUAAAUGGGUAGAUUAUUCAGUUAUAAUAAAUCCGAAAGAUUUCAGUUUCUUCUUGGAGUAUUAGCAGCCAUGGCUAAUGGAUGCACUUUUCCAAUAUUCUCAAUAUUCUUAUCAGAUAUGAUCACAGUACUUGCUCUUUCAAAUCCUAAAAAUUAUAAUGAUGAAGAAAGAAGUGAAAAGAUGGCUUUUGUUAGGGGAGAAGCAGAUAAAAAUGCCUUAUAUUUCUUUAUUAUUGGAUGUUGUGCAUUAACUUUAUGGACAAUUCAAUCCUUUUGUUUAAGUUAUGUAGGUGAAAGACUUACUCUAAAAUUAAGAUCAGAUACAUUUAGAAAACUUUUAAGAAUGCCCAUUCCUUUUUUUGAUGAACCUAAAAAUAAUGCAGGAACCUUAACCAGUAGAUUAUCUGUUGAUUGUAAACUUAUAAAUGGCUUAACUUCUUCAAUAAUUGGAAUUAAUCUUGCUAAUGUAGCAUCUUUGGUUUGUGGAUUAACUAUUGCUUUUACAAGUAGUUGGGCAUUGACUCUAGUCACAUUGGGAAUCACUCCAUUUUCAUUUAUUUCUGGUGUAUUGUAGGCUAAAAUUAUGUAAGGUUUUUCAUCAUAGACUGAUGAGGCUUAUAAAGAUUCAGGAAAUCUAAUAAUGGAAGCAGUCACAAAUAUUAGAACUGUUUUCUCUUUUGGUAAUGAGUAGAUAAUUCUUGGUAUUUAUGAAAAGAAAGUUCAAAUGCCACUUGAAUAAGCUACAUCUAAAGGUUUUAAAGCAGGAUUGGCUAUGGGAUUCUCAUAAAUGAAUAUGUUCGUCAUGAAUGCUAUAAUCUUUUAUGUAGGAGCUGUAUUUUGUAGAGAUAUUAAUUUAAGUGUAAAUGAUAUGUUUAAAACAAUAUUUUCUUUAACUUUUGCUACCAUGGGGGCAGGGAAUAAUGCUGCAUUUGCUGGAGAUAUAGGAGCUGCCAAAAAUGCUAGCAAAAAUAUCUUUGAAAUUUUAGAUAGUGAAGAUGAAUAUUAGAGAGAAGUAAGAUUGUAAAAAAAAAGAUUGGUAUAAUCAAUUACAGGUGAUAUAUAAUUAAAUAAUCUUACUUUUAAAUAUGCUGGAAGAGACAAGAAUGUAUUUGAAAAUUUAAGUUUAACUAUUAAGUAAGGAUAGAAAGUUGCUUUUGUUGGUCCCUCUGGAUGUGGUAAAUCAACUCUUAUGUAAAUGUUGAUGAGAUUUUAUGAACCUGAUUAAGGAAUUAUAACAAUUAAUGGAAUUGAUAUUAAUGAUUAUGAUAUUAGAUAUAUUAGAAGAUAAUUUGCCAUUGUUUCAUAAGAACCUGUACUUUUUAAUGGUACUAUUAGAGAAAAUAUUUAAUACAAUUUAACAUCUAUAAAUAUGGAGCAAAUUGAAAAUGCAGCAAAAACAGCCAAUGCCUAUGAUUUUAUAAUUAAAAAUUAAUUUGAAGAAGCCCAAGUAGAAGAAAAGGGUAAUGAGAAAUAAAGAGGAUAAGGAUUUUAAAGACAAGUAGGACCAAAAGGAACUUAAAUAUCAGGUGGAUAAAAAUAACGUAUAGCUAUUGCUAGAGCCAUUCUUAGAGACUCAAAUAUUUUACUUCUUGAUGAAGCUACAAGUGCCUUGGAUGCUGCAAGUGAAUAAUUAGUACAGGAUAGUUUGAAUAAAUUAAUGGAAGGAAAAACAACAGUGGCAAUUGCUCAUAGAAUCUCUACUAUAAAAGUAAAUUAUAAAUUUAUAAUUAGGAUUCUGAUAUGAUAUAUGUGUUCAAAGAUGGUAAAAUUGUUGAAGAAGGAAAUUAUUAAUGUUUAACUAAUAGAAGAGGUGCCUUUUAUAGUUUAGAAUAGGGAAUAUCUAAUUGA